AUGGACCCAGAACCACAUAGCCAGACACAGGCAUUCCCGCCUUCUACCCGAGGAGACACUACGAAACACGAUGCCAAGCCAAAUGAUUCCGAGCUAUCAGAGGCCCGACAUCAAGUGAAUGGUAAAGGAAGCGGUAUCGUUGACCAGAGAAUUCCUGGCGGCAGCACUGAGCUCUCAUCGCAAGCAGUUAAACCCUUCGACAUCUUCAAGGACGUGUAUGGAGUUAGUCGUACACCAGGCUCCCCAAGUUCAGAUACAGAGAGCCAGCAUCGACCCAUCACGUCUCCCCUUACUCACCCCAAUGGUGUCUCUAUGUUUCCAGACCUAUCGGUUACGGAGCAGGAAGCCAUCUCUCGACAAGCCUUUGCUCAAGCCGAAGACAACAUUGUUGCCGAUAGUGACGAAUACAGUUCCAUAGGCGAUGCUGGAUCUGAUGCCGGAUACGGGAGCGAUAAUAUGAGCACUGCAAGUACAUCCAUUGGAUCGUCUGUUCGGGAUUACAUGUUUGAGAAUGGUCGUCGCUACCAUAGCUUCCGGGCUGGGGCCUACAACUUCCCCAACGACGACAUUGAACAAGAGAGAGAGGACAUGAAACAUGCAAUGGUGAGACUUCUCUCUGGCCAGAAAUUACAUUUUGCGCCAAUAGACGAGAAUCCACAAAACGUACUUGAUAUUGGAACUGGCACAGGAAUCUGGGCAAUUGAAAGUAAGGCCAACUCACUCAUCACUUCUGCAAUAGUGGGAGAACAAUACCCUAGUGCCAAUGUUCUCGGCAUCGAUUUAUCACCCAUCCAACCGACAUGGUUACCGCCCAAUGUCCACUUCAUGGUUGAUGAUGUUGAGUCUCCUUGGCUUCAUCCUCAGAACCACUUUGACUAUGUACACUCUCGGCACACGGUUCAGGGAAUCAAAGACUGGCCUCAGCUUUUUACUAAUGCUCUCCGGCAUAUCAAGCCCGGAGGCUGGAUGGAACUCCAGGAAAUCCAUCAUUAUCCCCACAAUGCAAGGACAGGAGAAGCUAUCCCGCCAUACGAACACCCAGUUGCACAGUAUUGGACAUAUAUCAAUGAGGGGUUAGCACAACUUGGUGUAGACUUUCCUGCAGCAGCAGGAGGUAAAUUGGCCACGAAAAUGCAGGCAGCUGGCUUUGUCAACGUCACGGAACGGAUAUUCCAUGUGCCCCUUGGCACCUGGCCCAAAAAUCAAGUGCUCAAGACUGUCGGACUGUACUGGCGCACUAUACUGGCGGAUGGCUUACAAGCAAUUGCAUUGGGUCCCAUGUCAAGGGGAAUGGGUUGGAGCCGUGAGCAGAUUGAAGUGUUUCUUGUCGAGGUGCGAAGGGCGUAUAGCGACAAUACGGCCCUUUUGUAUAUGCCCAUGCACAUUGUCUACGGGCAAAAGCCAUACUAA